UCGCCUUUCCGAUAAGAAGCUUCGCCGUCUCCUCCUCCUCCUCCUCCUCCUCCUCUUUCCCUUCCUCCCGCCGCGCCAUCAAAAAUCGCCACAAGGCUUAGGGGUAACAGCCAGAGAGGCUUGUGGGACAGGACCGUUUCGGAGAGAAUCGGGAGGGGAUUUCCCGGGGCGAGAGAAUCCGAUUCAAGCUCGUCUCGGCGAUCGGGCGAAGCUCGAGCUGGGCGGGAGACGGGCUCGGAGCACAGAGCGUGGGUAGGUUGGUAGCGGGGGCUGAAGAGUGAAAGGAGCUGAGAGGAGUCUAGGCCUUAGCCCGAACAGGGGGGGGGGGGGGGACGGUUGCUGUACCAGCUGGAAACCAUGGACUCGGAGCACUGGAUCUCGAGCCUCGCCGCCGCCAAGCGGUUCUACGCGGCGCAGCUCGGCCACGUAGACGACAUGGCGGGGAUUGGAAUGGAGGAGGUGGAGAUGGAGCUGGAGGAUGACGGUGUGGGAAUGGAGCUGGAGCUGGAGAUGCAGCUGGAGGAGGCGACGUGGCCGGACGUGGCUUGUCCGUACUGCUACGAGGACCACGACAUCGCAUCCCUCUGCGCCCACCUCGAGGAGGACCACCCCUACGAGCCCCACACCGCGCCUUGUCCUAUCUGCUUCGAAAAGAUUGCAAGAGAUAUGUUAAAUCAUAUCACUGUGCAACAUGGCUACUUAUUCAAGAGUGGCCGCAGGACGCAGAGAUUUGUUAUUCCUGAGAGCCAAGCACUUUCUUUACUAAGCCGAGAUCUGCGGGAUGCUCAAUUACAGGCACUUCUGGGAGGUGGUCAUUGUCAUAGAAGAAGCAACACUACUGCCACAAACAUUUCUUCUGAUCCUCUGCUUUCAUCGUUUGGCCUGGGCUUCUCAACGUUGAAUCCAGAGGAACUAUCAAAAGCACCAGUUCCUAUUCCAGAUGAUACAUCAAUUCGUAAGGAUACUCCUGCUCAGCCAUGGGAAUCAAGUAUUGACUCAUCGCUCACAAGCGAGGAAAGGGAACAAAAGCGGAAACAAGCGACUGACAGAGCAACCUUUGUGCAAGGCCUGAUGCUCUCCACUUUAUUUGGAGACUGUGCUUAAAUAGCCCUAGUUUUUCUUUCUAGAUGCAUGUUUCCUCUCGCUGGUUUGCAUAAAAGCGCAGUGCUCCACCGGAAUUGGUGACCCUGACUUCGUCGACAGGGAGAUGGAUGUGCUUCUGGUGCCCCAUUGUUCUUUCGCUUCAGUAAAGCGCGAAGAUGAUUUGGGCAUGAUACACACCUUAAUUUAUGUCAGCUGCCAUGUACCGUUGUUUUUUCAAUCAAUUAACGGCAGCCACACUUGACUGUAACUCUCUGUUGUACCUUUUCAUACCAUCUAGGAACAUUGGUUUGUACAAGCAUAAAAUCUGUUACAUGUACAAUGCAAAGGAAAAUUCAGAAGCAUCUUUU